AUGCGCCGCCCCUCCUGCCUCUCGCUCUUCGGAGCAGAACCCAACACGGACGCCCUCCACCGCUUCGAAACCUCCUGGCUCCUAUCCCCAACCAUCCUCGCCGGUCUGCGCGGCCUAAUCGCCCUGUACAUCUUUACCACGAUCAUCGUCAUCUGGGCCUGGUACGGUACCCACGAUGAUCGCAUCGCCAUCGGCCAGUCCUUCAGCUACUUCACUUGGUUGACGUACUGGGGUCUGGGCUUUUACCAUCUCUUCGCUGCGAUUCAUACGGCUUGUUAUGCGCGGACGGGCCGCUCUGUGCUGUUCGAUCGGUGGCCCCGCGCUUGUCGUGCGCUUCAUGGCUUGUUGUAUGCGACGAUCACUACGUUCCCGUUCUUGGUGACGAUUGUCUUUUGGGGGAUUUUGUUUAAACCGCCUUUUUAUAAGGAGACGUUCCCUGGUUGGUCGAAUAUCUCCCAACAUGGCCUCAACUCGCUGUACGCCCUGUUGGAAAUCAUCCUCCCAACGACAGCACCACACCCCUGGAUGGCUAUCCCCGUUCUCAUCCUACUGCUGGCGUUUUACCUGUGCGUCGCGUAUAUCACCGUCCACACCGAGGGCUUCUACACCUACUCCUUCCUCGACCCAGGCUCGCACGGCCAAAAGAGCGGUCUCGUCGCAGGCUACUGCUUCGGAAUUCUCGCUGCGAUUAUCAUCAUCUUUUUGAUUUCUUGGUCGCUGAUUCGUCUGCGUGUCUAUCUAACCGCUGGCAAAAUUAAGCGCGCGGUGCGGGAUCCUUUGCGUUGUCAGGAUGGACUUGGCGGUGUUGCGACGGGUAUGCGUGACUCGUCGAUGGAGGUUAAGCCCACGCCGGUGUAA